AUGUCAGUGCCAAAGGCGGGCGAGGGCCACACCGAGACUCCCCAGGAAGUACUCGGAGCCAUGAAACAGGUCUCCUACAAGACUGAAAUCAUAGGAGGAGUCCCUAUCAUCACAGCUACACAGGAGCAGGGGGAGGGGCCUAAUGAGGCGGAGCGUGGAGGCUUGAAGCGAGGUCAGAAUCACCUGCCCUACUACCUGUCCCGAGGAGCUCAGGACCAGACCAUCAUCAAGGCCGGAUACUGUGUCAAACAGGGGGCUCUAAUGAAGAACUGGAAGAGGAGGUACUUCAUGCUGGAUGAAAACGCUGUCAGCUACUACAAAUCUGACCUGGUGAGAAAAAAAAUGUCCUCUGUUGUGUCCUCUGUUGUGUUGUGUCCUCUGUUGUGUCCUCUGUUGUGUCCUCUGUUGCGCAGUGAGCUGAUGAUGAGGGACAACCUGUUUGAAGUGGUCACCAGCUCCAGAACCUUCUACAUACAGGCUGACAGUCCAGAGGACAUGCACAGCUGGAUCAAGGCCAUCUCAGGGGCGAUCGUCGCUCAGCGCGGCCCCGGACGCUCCGCUAACACUGAACGCAGCGAUCACUCCUCUUCCUCUCCGACGUCCUCCUCCACCUUCUACUGCCCCUCAGGCCAGGAACCCCACCACCCACAAUCCUCCUCCGUCGGCGCCUCCGCGCGCCCUCAGCUUCACGCUGGACACGCACCACCAGGACAACUUCGUGGGCCUGCUCCCGUGGAGGCUGAGCGGCGUCCAGACCGCGAUGGUGCCCCUCCCUUCGGCGCGCUCCCGCCUCUCGCUGCAGGAGACGCUGCACUCUUCCAAAUGACGGAGGACCAGCUGGAGGAAUCUCCGUGGGAACGGCCCAGCGGGGAGGAGCUGAACAGUCGCACCACUGAGAACACCGACCUGAAGAUGACUCUGAUCUGACGAUAACGACACACACAUACACACUUCUACACAGGCUCCAUGUGAUGAGACUGCUGUGUGCUCCAGAAACUACCUGACUACAAUUACAUGUCUACAAAACUUCCUGGGGGCCAUUUUUGUUUGUACGUGUGUGAACGUGUG